GUUGGGCUCCCUGGGCUCACCCCGUGAGCGGAAUGGAAUUGGGGCGCGGCCACUACACGAAAGCAGUUACUUGGCUGUGUUUCUUCUCGUUUCCUUUUAAAAAUCUUGUCCUUCCUUCAAGACACAGUCCCGUGUUCAAGGGGCAGGACCUCACAACAAACCUGCGAGGGUGAAGGAAGUCACGCCCAGAGCAGGAAUCACAAGACAUUCGAGAGCUUCAAAGAAUCUUGGUUUGGAGGCUUCAGCUAAAACGUUCUUCAGUCCCCAAACUGGCAUCCAAGUGGCUGCUGAGAUGCUAAAUAAGGUCUUUGUUGUUUCUCUUGUCCUGACUGACUGACUGAGCAUCCAUAUUUGGUGAACAUCCACAUUCCCUUGCUUUGGGGUGCUGAUUUUUGGAUGAAUGUGCUUGGCAUGAAAAUGAGGCUGAGGGGGACCUGUUGGCAUCAGCAUCUGUAAGAAAGCCCCCCUCCCAGCCACCCAUUGGGGGGAUUUGGCCAUCCCUAUUCAGACCCCACUCAGGAGCUAAGUAUGUGAUGGGUUCUUGGAGCAAUCAACCACCUCCUGGAAUAUGAAUCUAGUCCUCUUCUACCUUUUUCUGAUGAGAAGCACUGUAUGAAGAUAAUGAGAUGUGGUGAAGAGAAUCUGAGUUAAAUGGCGGACUGUGUGCAGUCUGAUCCAACAUCCAGGGCCUGGUGGAACUGCUUUUUCCUCUAUGACGGCUCAAAGGUGAAGGAAGAAGGAGAUCCUACGCAGGCUGGGAUCUGCUAUUUCAACCCCCGCCAGACUCCUCUGGACCAUCAAGAGCUUUUGUGCGGGCAGAUAGCUGGCGUGGUUCGCUGCAUGGAGGAGAUUUCGGGCUCUCCACCUGGCCUCAUACGGUUGAGGAAGCUCAAGCUCUCCGUGAAAGUGGAUGGAAGCUACAUCUGGGAACGUGCCCAGGAGGAGCUGGACCAGGCAUGGGAUCGCUAUAUGGAGCACCUGCAGCAAAACACCACUGACCUACACCAGAUCUUCAACUCCCUCUGGGCCUUGGACAAAACCAAAGUGGAUCCUUUGCUCCUGCUGAAAGCAGCCCUCAUCCUGCAGACCUGCCAGCGCACCCUCCAUGUCCGGGCUGGAUGCAUUUCCUAUCAGGGGCUGGUUGUCAGCACUCAGCUGCCGCCAGACCUCACUGCCCGAGUUCUGCUGCAGGAGGUGGACGUAGCCUCAGAGGGCGAGACAGGAAAGGGGGCUGUGCUGCAGACUCAGGAGCCCCCUUUACCUCCAGGGGUCCGGAUCACCGCUGUUUACCUUUUGGAUGAUGAAGCAGCCGCCCUCCGGGACUUCCCCGUGGAGUGGAUGGUCAGGUCCCAGGGAGGCCCAGGCAACUGCAAAGAUGGCCCAAUUUCUGCUGGAGCAACUGGUGGGUCAGGUGGCCCCACUUUGGUAAGGAUGGUCUUGUAUGUCCACCAUGUUCGAGGCUUGGUGCUCUCCCUCCUGGCUGAAGAGCACUUUGCACACACCAAAACCUCUGUUGAGGAUGUGUAUCACAGCACCCUGGCCUCCUUGAAUGGCCUGGAGGUCCACUUGAAGGAGACCCUCCCAAAGGACAGCCUCUCCACAGCCAAGGUCACCUAUGGCUUUGCGCACUAUGAUGCUGUGCAGAAGGUCCUGGCCACCAACUUCCUGCCUGCUAAUAGCCCCCCAGACCGUUCCUUCCUGAGGGCAGCCAGCCUGAUCCAUGCCAAUUUCCACCAGCUGCCCACGGCUUCAGAAAUAAUGGUCAGGAACACCUCGACUGCUGUGUAUGCAUGUCGGAGUGCCGUCCAGGAGACCUACUUCCAGCAGGUGGCCUCCCCUCUGCGCAACUCAGGAAUGCCCAACCCUCACGACAGUGCCUUUGGCCUGGCCAGCAAGGCGAAGCAGAAGCUGCUCAAGCAUGGAGUGAACCUCCUCUGAGACCCAGGAGGCUCCUUGCAUGGGCUGCAAUCCUCCAGGACUUCUUACAGAGUUACCAGUCUUUGUUGGUUCGGUUCCAUGAAAUGGGUUGAGGACCGUCAGGACUUCAGAGCCCCACCGUGUGGCUGGUAGAAGCCCCGCCAGCCAGGCCCUCGGCCCAGACCCUCAGCAAGCCUUGGCCAGAGAGCAGCCGCUGCCUCACCACCCCUCUGCCCCAUCUCCCCCCCCCUUGGCUCAGUUCCAGCUGGGAGAGCACACGGAUGCCCACCCCCACCUACCCACUCCAAGGGGCAAGAUCACAGCUCCCCCCUUCCCUGGAGAACUCCUCCGAGGGAACAUGCUCCUCCCAAAAGCACAUCAUUGGACACUCGUCUAUAGACUCUUGCCUGCCUUUGGAGAGCUAGCUUCCCAAGAAAGAUUUUGUUGCUCCUUGCCCUGCUCAUUUUUUCUGUGGAGCUUAGUGGAGUGUAGCUUCAAAACCCUUUUUAUUGGAGGGCUUUUUCUAAACCAGGCCACCCUCCCCUCUCCAAAUUGGAUGCCCUCCAGAUGUUUCUGUGUUUGAAGGCAGUUUGAUGCUUUAGAUGAGCUCUGAAACCUGGAGCUCCUCCCCCCUGGUAACUGACCAGACAUUUUUGUUGCUCUGCAGCUGAGCCUCCUGCCGUGCGCACCCCCACCCCUACCUGCAGGAGGCUCAGCUGCUGCCUUUUCAGCCUCCUCCCUGUGGCCUGCCUGGCUCUUGUGCAUGGGCACAUUGACUCCUGCCAAACACCCCCCCCCCCCAGUGAUGUUGGCCCACCCUCUUCACGGCCGACAGGGCUUGAGGAGACAGGGACAUAGUGCUGAUGGGGACCAGCGGGCCCAUGCAUUCCUCUCCCCCUGCCUUCUGAGGUGGUGGGUCUGGCACCUUUGUACUCCUUCAGGGCAAGUGGGAACAGAUGCACAGCUCUCAGCCGGUUCCGCUUUGCAUCAAGUGCCCAGAUCAUGUCCCAGAUGUUUGCGAAGGAAAAGUGACUGGCUGCCUUCCUUGAGAGUGGGUGUGUUGGGAAGGUCGGAGCUCCUGCCAUCUGCUCUGUAAGCCCCCCCCCCUCCAGCACAGCAAUAAAGUUGCCGCCCAGAAAAGUCCCCUCUUGUUCCUGCCCCACUGGCACCCCACCCCCCUCGCCUGCCAGAAGGCGAGUCACGAGAGUGCUGGCCCUGGGAAGGCAGCAGGGCUGUGGGUGGCUUGGUCUUGCGCCAGGAAGGGGUGUUUGCAAGAGCAACAAAGGCAGGGAACCAAAACAGCUUUUGCGCUGCUGCCUGCGGAGAAGGGCCACUUGCUGCCAUCUGUGAGCGCCAUAUGCUGGCAGCUGGUGGGAAGGCUGCCCA